AUGGCAAAAUUAUACCAAAAAUUACAGUUACUUACAGGCUAUGAUGAUUGGCCUAAAGCAAUUAUAACCGAACAAAUGUUCAACGAACCGGUGUAUGAAAUUCGUCGGAAAGAAAAAAGAAUACGAGUAUGGUAUUAUAUGCUUGUUCCUGUUAACAAACUUGCUGAUCUAAAAGCUAAUCGACAAAAGUCGAUGAUCGAUAUAAAAAAUUUUGGUCGCAUGAUUGAAUAUUUCAAUAAUCGAGAUGAAAUUAAACAAAUGUCUGGAUCGGCAAUUGAAUCACCAAAAAUAUUUCAAAAAUGGAUUGCAGAACAUUAUAAUUCUUUUGCUACUAUUGAUGAAACUAUCAGUUUAACGUACAUCAACGAUGACAUUCGAAUUUGUGCGAUACAACGUGCCAUACCACAACAGGAAAUAGGUGUUAAAUUCCGUUAUUUUGUACACCAACAAUUUUAUUACAUCAAACUAACUGAUGAUUUACCAUCGAAUUUAGCUCAUCGAGCAGGACUAAAAUCCUAUGAUCGGAUCAUGUCUUUUAAUGGUAUCAAUAUUGAAAAUGACACUUUAGAUCAAUUCCUGAAUCGAAUUGAUACUGAACGACAUCUUCCAAUUCAAAUACUUGUAUGUAGUCCAGUUACAUAUGAACAUUAUAAAUCUAAUAAAAAGUUUUUUCAUUAUGAUCUUCCAAUUAUUCAAUGUUUAACAUCUAUAUAUGCAACAUUAAGUAACAAACAUGCAUCUAACUUCCAUACAAGUACAUCAGAAGUUUAUGUUGUUAAUACGAUUUUUUGGGCUGUCUUAUGGGAAAACAUUAGCAUUAUUUCUACAGUAUCUUAA